UGUGUGGAGCGGCACUUGUGGUUGCAUUGCCUUAUUUGUCUAGCUGCUAACAACUGCUGCGUGACAGUAGCGCGUCGAUUCGUUAAACUUUUGUCUUCAAUCAUCUUUGGCUGGCGGUCAUUUGGGUAAAUCGUCGAAGCGUUAUCGUGUUUGCUGCAAUAUCUGACAAGCGAGUGACAAGACUCCUUUAGACAGUCGUCAUGGCACAACUCGGUACCCUUAACCCCGUCCAAAUUCUCAACCAACAGGCAGAAGAAGAAAAGGCAGAGAAUGCGCGUCUGUCAUCGUUCGUUGGCGCAAUAGCCAUUGGAGAUCUACUAAAGUCCACGCUUGGGCCCAAAGGAAUGGACAAAAUUCUAUUGUGCGAAACAUCGCGUGAUUCGAAAGUGGAGGUGACAAACGAUGGGGCCACGAUACUCAAGGCGAUUGGUAUUGAUAAUCCUGCCGCCAAGGUUCUCGUGGAUAUCUCGAAAACGCAGGACGAUGAGGUUGGCGAUGGCACAACCUCGGUUGCUGUCUUGGCCGCGCAGCUCCUACAGGAAGCUGAGAAGCUGGUUGGUAUGCGAUUACAUCCGCAAACAAUUAUUGCCGGUUGGCGGAAAGCUGUAGUUGCGGCACGCGCUGCUCUUGAGGAAUUCUCUCAAAAUCGCUCGAACGAUGAAGCGCAGUUUCGAAUCGAUGUUCUUAAUAUUGCGCGCACAACCCUUGGAUCGAAGAUUUUAUCUCAGCAUAAAGACUUUUUUGCACAGUUGGCCGUCGAUGCCGUUAUGCGUCUAAAGGGCAAAUCUAAUUUGGACGCAAUUCACAUUAUCAAGAAACUCGGAGGAAGCAUGCUUGAUUCUCACCUCGAGCAGGGUUUCUUACUCGACAAAAAACCGGGCUUGAAUCAGCCGAAACGUGUGGAAAAGGCUCAAAUACUCAUUGCCAACACACCCAUGGAUAGCGACAAAAUUAAGGUGUUCGGUUCCCGUAUGAAGUGCGAGUCGAUCGCUAAGGUUGCUGAACUCGAGGAUGCUGAGAAGCUAAAAAUGAAACGCAAAGUGGACGCGAUUUUAGCUCACAAGUGCAACGUGUUCAUUAACCGUCAACUAAUCUACAAUUAUCCGGAGCAACUCUUCGCUGAUGCUGGUGUUAUGGCUAUCGAGCACGCCGAUUUUGAUGGCAUUGAACGACUCGCUUUGGUCACUGGCGGCGAAAUCGUAUCGACGUUCACCAGCCCAGAAAGUGUGCGGCUAGGUACGUGUGAUGUUAUUGAGGAGGUGAUGAUCGGCGAGGACAAACUAUUGAAAUUCAGUGGGGUGCCGCUCGGGGAAGCCUGCACUAUCGUGCUUCGUGGAGCCACCCAACAAAUCUUGGACGAGGCUGAACGCUCGCUGCACGACGCUUUGUGUGUACUCGCAUUUGUCGUCAAGGAGAAAAAAAUUUGUUAUGGUGGAGGUAGUGCAGAGAUGCUGAUGGCCGCAGCCGUCGACAGCGUCGCGCAGACCACACCUGGCAAAGAGGCCCUUGCCAUUGAGGCAUUUGCUAGGGCGCUUCGCCAACUGCCAACAAUCAUUGCGGACAAUGCUGGUCUUGAUUCGGCACAGCUGGUAUCGGAGUUACGUGCUGCACACGCCAAUGGCCAGAGUACUUUCGGUAUCAACAUAGCUGAUGCAAAGAUUGACGACAUGGAGAAACUCGGCGUAACUGAAGCAUUCGUGGUGAAGCGACAAGUUUUACUAUCGGCAUCAGAAGCGGCCGAGAUGAUCUUGCGAGUAGACAGCAUUAUAAAGGACGCUCCCAGAAAGAGGGUGCCGGACAGAAGCCACUAAAAGGACUAGGUAAUUAGUAGGCAUUCUGUCGUACUGUUGAUUUUGCUAAUUCGGUGUGCGUACCGUCUUUGCCUCAAGUAAUGACCUUAUUACUAGCAACAAAAAGAAACAUCGAAUCAUCAAUGAACACCUAACUUAAUAUGACCAACUUUCUUCAACUUUCAUUGUGCACAUGAUUAUAAGGUGUACAUGCUAUCCUUUAAAAAAUAUGAUUCGCCGCUUCGCUCUGAAAAAGGCGGAGCGAGAGGUUGCAUUGUUGUUUAGGUGCCGUUAAAUAUCCCUGUACGACUGAAAAGCCUGCUGAACCAGACUAGGGCUGCUUGACUGAGGAAAGCAGACUGACUAAUGUAUUGUGCAUGCAGAGCCUUCGAGAGCCGGCUAAUUAUUUAUGCGUGCAUGGUCCAAAACGCUUCUGCUUAAUUUUUAUAUUAUUAAAAAUAACACAAGCAAACAAUCAACGAGUCCUCUUUUUACUUUAGAAAAUUUUUUCAUUUAAAUAAUUCGGCUACGCUCUAAGCGUAUAAAAACAAUAAUAUAGCAAGAAAAAAAAAUAAGAACUUUGCGCUAAUUUUGUUAACACGAAUUUGAAGAAUACGGUAUAAGUGUACUAUUUUUCUGGGUCGCUUAGUAUAUACGAUGCAUUAAACUAGUAACGUUCAUUGUUAUUUGACUGAUACCCUUAAAUUGAUACUUGAAUCAAUAUAGACACCCACAAAAAUACGUCAACUAAUAAUUAAACAAUCUUCUAUCGAGUACCUUGCAAGCAUGUAAAUUAUAUCAGGUGCAGGGUAGAGGCAUAGACAGGACCCUGAACGGUGUUCUCAUGUAGACAUUCAAGAGCGUUCGGAUGUAUGUAGUUCUUCUUGAUAAAAAUUCAAUGUUACCUUGCCUAGUAAUGCUUACGAUUACUUUUUUUUAUAUUUCACUAUGUUAUUGAUAAUUUAAUCUGUUCGGGCGUACCGCGUCUAGUUGGCUUUAUGAAGUUUGUGUGAUUACUACAUAUAAAGACAAAAAACCCUUUUAAGUAGCGUA